AUGUCACUAACUAGAGAGCAGCCAAUCUUCAGCACCAGGGCCCACGUCUUCCAGAUUGACCCUGCCACCAAACGGAACUGGAUCCCUGCCAGCAAACAUGCUCUCACUGUCUCCUACUUCUACGAUGCCACACGCAACGUGUACCGGAUCAUCAGCGUGGGGGGCACCAAGGCAAUCAUCAACAGCACCAUCACCCCCAACAUGACCUUCACGAAGACAUCCCAGAAGUUUGGCCAGUGGGCAGACAGCCGAGCCAACACCGUGUACGGGCUGGGCUUUGCUUCCGAGCAGCACCUCUCCCAGUUUGCAGAGAAGUUCCAGGAAGUGAAGGAAGCCGCUCGUUUGGCGAGGGAGAAGUCCCAGGAUAAAACAGAGCUGACCAACCCUGCCCUGAACAUCACAUCUCACCAGGUACUUCCCAGCCCCAUCAUCAGCUCCAAUGGGCCAGGAGAAGAUAAACUAUUCCGAAGCCAAAGUGCCGAUGUGGAGGUAACAACGGAGAAGGAGCGGCUGAAGAAGAUGCUCUCUGAAGGUUCUGUGAGUGAGGUCCAGUGGGAGGCCGAGUUCUUCAGCCUCCAGGACAACAACAACAAGCUCGUGGCUGCUCUCCAUGAAGCCAACGCCAACGUGGACCAGUGGAAGAAGCAGUUGGCUGCUUACCAGGAGGAGACGGAAACGCUGCGGCAGCGGGUGGCAGAACUGGAGUCACAGGGCACUCAGGAUUCCUCCAGCGAGAACAACAAGGAAGAGCUGAGCCAAACCCUGGAGGAGCUGGAACUACUGAUCAAGGCUAAAGAUGAGGAGAUCCAGAUGCUAAAAAGCCAGAAGUGUGGCCGAUGGGAAGCAGAGGGCGAGCGUGAGGAGACGCUGCAGAAGCUGCAGGAGCUGGAGGCCCGAAACGCAGAGCUGGAGCAGCGCCUUCACCUGGCUGAGCAGACACUGGCAGAGACCCUGGCCGAGAGGGAGAAGAUCCAGAAUGAGGUCACCAAGGUGGCAGAGAUCAUGGAUGUGAAGAUAUUUGAACUCAGUGAGAUCCGGCAGGGACUGGCCAAGCUGGUGGAGAGCAAUUGAGCAGCAGCACACUCAGAGGAGACACCUCCAGAGGAGGGGAGCCUGAGCUGGGACAGUCACAGAACAUCGAGGUCUGCUGGGGCUGGACAUGCCAACAUACCAGCAGCUGCCUGGACAGUGUGGAGACCAGCCACAGCCACCUACUGCCCACUGAACA